CACACUGCCUAUGUUUUUCCUGUCCUCUCUCCAGGUCCACCUCCAUCCCACAGCCAUGUCCUGCUACGAUCUGUGCCGUCCCUGUGGCCCGACCCCCCUGGCCAACAGCUGCAACGAGCCCUGUGUGCGCCAGUGCCAGGACUCCCGCGUGGUGAUCCAGCCCUCUCCCGUGGUGGUGACCCUGCCAGGACCCAUCCUCAGCUCCUUCCCCCAGAACACCGCUGUGGGCUCCAGCACCUCCGCUGCUGUUGGCAGCAUCCUGAGUGAGGAGGGAGUGCCCAUCUCCUCUGGUGGCUUUGGCCUCUCUGGCCUGGGCAGCCGCUUCUCUGGCAGGAGAUGCCUGCCCUGCUAAGGAGGAUGUAGAAUCCCUUGAGCCUAUUGCCCAGGAUGCUCAAAGCCUGAUGCUGAACUGAGGAUGGAACUGCUGGCAAGCGUUUCCAGAUGGUCUAAGCAGACUUGCACACUCCUGAAGAGCAUGGAGGGAAGCCAGAAUGCAACCCUGACUGCCUGAAAAUGCUGCCAUCAAGUCUUCUUCAUCUUGGACUUUCUACUCAUCAUCCAUGGGACAGCUCCCAUGCCUUGAGUUUAUCCUGAAGCAAGUUGAGAUGGCCCUGCUUCUUAUCCCUCUUGUCUCCUGAGGGACAAGCACCUGAAUCCCAUCAUGGUGAUGGAGUUUCUGUGUGCCAGCUGCUCCUGUAGCAGUCUGGACCAGAUCCCUUCCAUCAUGCAUCGCU